CAUGGCAACGGCCCCGCCACGGCGCCGAGGCGGCGCUCGGCAGCAUGGCGUCGGCGGGCGGCCCCGGUGUCUUCCUGCUGGCGGUAAACGGGCAGAUCGAGAGCGGGGAGUUCCCUGGAUUCGAUGACCUCUACUGCAAGUUCUGCUUCGUCUAUGGCCAAGACUGGGUUCCCACAGCGGGCCUGGAGGAGGGCAUCUCCCAGAUCACCUCCAAGAGCAGUGUCUCACCCACAACACUUGUCUGGAACUUCCCCAUCAACAUUACCUUCAAGAGCACCAACCCAUUUGGCUGGCCGCAGAUUGUCGUGAGCGUCUACGGACCGGACUUCUUUGGCAACGAUGUGGUCAGAGGGUAUGGAGCUGUUCAUGUUCCCUUCACACCUGGAAGGCAUACAAGAACCAUUGCUAUGUUUGUUCCAGAGUCCACAUCGAGGCUGCAGAAGUUUACAAGUUGGUUCACAGGGAGACGUCCAGAAUUUACUGACCCUAAAGUGGUAGCACAGGGAGAAGGACGAGAAGUAACAAGAGUACGCUCUCAGGGCUUUGUGACCAUUUCCUUCAACAUAAUGACCAAGGAUAUGGAGAAGCUGGGCUAUGAAGUGAGCCCCAGUGAUCUGCAGUGCCCAUCUCUGGCUCCUGUUACAGAAGGGAUUCUCAAGUACUGAAGUCAGGCAUGAGAUGCUUGAAAGCUCACAGAGAAGUUAAGCACUUUGGGGGCCUUUUUGUGGCAAAGGGAAAGGAGCCUCUGACUCAGCCAAGAACGUUUCACUCCGGACUGUUGUUUCAAAAGAAACACAAGCCAUUGAGAAUCAUUCCCUGAGGAUAACUGAAGUGUUGUGUACAUUCAGGUCAGCACAUUUGGCAUUUUUAUGAGUAGUAUCAGACUGUAUCAAAGUAUUUUUAUAACAGCCUUUUGUACACUAUACCCCUAAAGAACAGGACUGUUUAGCAUUGUAGCAAUUGUGCUGGUUAAAACAUCACUGCAAACCCAGUUCUUUUUACUGAUGUUUUGGUGACAGAAAUGGGAAAUAGGAAUUAUUGCACCUGCCAAAAGGGGGGAGGGGGAGGAAUAUGGCAAAGUUCCAGCAAAAUGCAGAUGCCAUCAAAUGAGAAAUGUGCCAUGUGCUGCCCCUUGCAAAAGCAACAGCAGUUUCCUUUGUAGUCCUUCAGUUUUCAUGUAAAAUAGAUACGGCAUUUUAGAAACAAAA